CAGCGAGCGCGGUAGUUUAUCUCUUAUCAAAGGUCAAACGGGCAAUGUUGGGAUGGUUUGAGCCGGCCUACUCGUCGGCCAGUCUUCCCUCGGAGAAGCACCAUCCUAAGCUCGCAUGCAAGUUUGAGCCGCCCGGAGUCUGGGCCCAUGCGUGUCUCGACUUGGUUUACCCUAUAUCCCGCCGCCUUCUGUCCAUCAAGAGACCAGACAGUCUAAUUGCUUAUACUAUACGGAAGACCCCGAAGGAAUUCGCGAUUCUCUGACAGCCUUGAAAACUCCCAAAGCCUUGUAUUUGUUCGGCAACCCUUGGGCAAGAUGGAUUCGACUCCUGACUUUAGUCCUUACCGCGCCGAUGGCAAGCUUUAUGGCUUCGUCUGUGUCGUGACUGGCGCUGCCCAUCCCGUUGGUCGGGCCAUUGUUGAAGAACUGGCAGCACAUGGUGCCGCCUCUAUAUAUGCAUGCGACAAGAUGACCAGCGACGAAACGUUCCACACCCUCGUCGCCAACGUGCACCGGGACCAACCCAACACCAAAGUCAUUCCUUACCCCUUCAACGUGGCCAAGGAAGAAGAGACGCUGGUCCUUAUUGACGAGGUGCUCAACGCAUUCGGGCGGCUCGAUAUUUGGGUGUCAUCAACCGGCCUGCUCGGCCCACCAUCCAUUGCCGAGACGACGCCGGCGGACCUGCAGCGGUGCUUUGAGGGGCAUUCGAUGGCGCCCUUCUUCGCACUCAAGUACGCACCCCCGGCCAUGGCCAAGCUAACGGAGAAACAGUCGUACCCGAACGCGGCGCCCAAGACGCAGAAGUACGGCAGCAUCAUCGUCAUCAACAGUGCGGCGUCGUGGGGGCCAAGUUACACCAUGUCCGUGUAUGCGGCGCUCGGUGUCGUGAAGGCGGGCGUCGCAGUUCUCAAGGACACCGGGGUGAGGAUCAACUGCAUCUCGCCAGGGCAAAUCGAUGUUGGGCUCGAUUUGAACGGGGCCAAUGUGAAGGGCGUGAACUCCCAGCUCCCCACUGCAGGAUCGCAAGGCAAUGAAUCGGCCGAGGCCAUCAUCGGUCUCGGACGACCGGGAAGCCCUCAAGAGGUAGCCCGCGUGGCCGGUUUCCUCGCCUCGGGCUUCAGCUCCUAUAUCACGGGGGCGAACAUGGUCGUCGACGGCGGCUCAUCUGCCAUGAACCCGCUCACGGUACCCCUCGGCAAGGCGUAGUGUAAGGGUGAAAAGGUAACCAGGAGUAGACUACUGCGGGAUUACGGUUGCAGGACACGGCGCGGGGAGUGCGUAGCAGGAUGGCAGGUCAUACGGGAAACGUCCGCCCAAUCUGGCGCCGUCUCUUCGGAAUGUAAGCCGCCCAGAUAGGCAGGACGUUUUGGUGUCCGAAGUAAAACAUCUGCAAUGGUUGGCCAAGAGAUGUCCGCAAUUGCGGGCUUCGGUUCCAAUACCGAUAGUAAAGAAAGAUUACCUAUCAAGCUACCUCACCUUGAGGCAACGCAAAC